AUGCAAAAUGGUACGUUUUUUUGCCACUGGAUCAGGUCCCCCACUGUAUCUUUUUUUUCAGUGCUCAACUACCGAAUCGAGCUCUACGAGGUCCCCGACAAAGCUCUGAACGAAUCGGCAUCGGUGGCUUCGGCCGGCUCCAGGACUUUUGUAAUCAUUCGCCAAAAUAGUGGCCGAGGCGCGUUCGACAUCAAGCUCACGGAGAAGAACAGGAAUUCCCAGUACUCUCAACAGUCGGCCGACUUCAACUUCGAUUUCUAUUCGGACAAACCGCUUUACGUGGAGACCAGAGCUCAACCAAUCUUUCAUAAUGCCUCCAAAAGUAGAAGUCAGUCCGAUGAGAUGGAGCCGAAUCAAGCAUCGACCAGUAAUAGUAACUCUCUGUAUGGGCAAACAGCCAGUCUUGGCCAGGGAAAUGUUUUGGAGACUUUCUUUGUGGAACGAUUACAUCGGCUGAAACCCAAGUGGACCGCGAAAUUGAGUGAGUUUUUAUGGGAGUCUAUACAGUGGGGGACCUGAUCCAGUGGCAGGAAACGUACCGUUUUGCAUCCGGGAAGUAUCAAAAAUGUGGCAAAAUGCUUCCCUCUCCAAGUGAAAAAAACUCUGAUUUCAAAAGCGCGCCCGCUCUUUUUGUGAGGAGUCCUUCAAAACAAAGUUUCUUCACUUGGAGAGGGAAGCAUUUUGCCACAUUUUUGAUGCUUCCCGGAUGUAAAAUGGUACAUUUUUUGCCAAUGGAUCAGGUCACCCACUGUACCUUGUGCUAUCUGGAAUUUAAAAAAAAAUUUUAUUGAGGGUAGUGUAAUAUAAAAAAUAGUUUUUUUCUCUUGGUAAUUGUGAUAACAUGGGCAAUUUUAAUUUUUGAAAGGUGGAUUGAGGUUGCAUAUUUUGUUUGACAAAUCGAUAUUUCGUUUCAACUGUAAAAUGCGCUCAUUUUCAGCCUUCCGAGACGACUGUUUGAGUCUUAUCCCAGUGGAAGAAGAUCGCCGAAGAUCCACCCAAUCUCAUCCUCAUAAAAGCGUCACAAUCUCAUGGGACCUGGUUGGUGGCAUCGACUAUUAUCACACAUCGCCUUGUAAGAAAAUUGUCGGGAUAUUAAUUCGUUUUUGAUCAUGUAUAAUGUUGAGGUCAAGAAUAAUGUAAAAAUUUUUUCAGCCAAGCGAAGUCUCAAAAUCAUCUGGCUCCCCAUGCCUCCAGAAUUAUUCGCCAAACAACUGCAGUGCCUUCAGUAUAUCGAAUACCUGAAAUCGGUCAAUAUUUCCACGGGCAAGAAGAGUUCAAAGAAAGGAUUCACGUCUUCGUCGUCAUCAAUAUCGUUAUUCAGUAUGGGGAAGAAAUCCUCGUCGAUGAAAUUGACGGAAAGCCAUUCUACGAUGACUUUUAAGCCAGAUGAUAAGUCAGAGAUGAGACCAUACCCUGAGGGCAUUGAAAAGUUCCAGCCCAAAGAUUUGAUCCAUGGAUAUGAAAGGUUGAGCUGGAAAACGCUGAAUAUUGAAACAACGGAUGAUGAGGCUUGGAAAAUUGGCGAGAAGGUAAGCGUUUUGUGUUUAAGGAGCGGAAAUUGGUCAGAAAUUUGAAAAUUUUGUCAAGUGCAAUGUAAUCAAAUGUCCAAUUGUGUCCAAAAUUGUGAAUGAAAGACUCAGAUAUGUCCAGAAAUGUCUAAUUAGACUAUUUUCAGCUCAGCGACAUCAUUGAUCAACGCAAAUCCCCGAUCCGACAAAUUUUCCAACACUCAAAUUCCGGCGAACAUCGCCCUUCUUCGGCCGCUGAAACUGCAUUCCGUCUCCGAAAUUUGUCCUAUAUCUCGCAAAAUAUUCGACAACAGGAUGAGGCGUCGAGCAGUGGCCACAAAACACAUCGACGAAGAUUUUCAGUCAACCCAAUGCCAAUGUUAAACAAAAUUUUGUCCAGAAAUGAGUAA